AUGCAGUUAUUUCCUUUCUUUUUUUCUUUCUUUUUCUUUCUUUAUUUCUUUUUCCUUCUUUUUUUCUUUUUCUUUCAUUCUUUUUUCUUUCUUUCUUUCUUUCUUUCUUUCCGUUUAAUCCUUUCAUCAUUUUUUGAUUCUGCCGUUCUUUCCCUUAUUUUUCUCUUUCUUUCUCUUUCUCUCUUUCUCUCUUUCUUUCCUUCUUUCUUUCUUUCUGUUUACCUCUCUUAUUAUCAAUAUUUGAUUCUCUCGUUCUUUCUUUCUUUUUUCUUCCUUUUCUUUCUUUCUGUUUACUUUUCUUAUCCUCAUUAUUUGAUUGAUUCGUUCUUUCUUUCUUUUUUCUUUCUUUUUUUAUCCUCAUUAUUUGAAUCUACUCUUUGUUUCUUCCCUAAAUUUCUUUCUUUCUUUUCUUCUUUCUUUCUUUUUCAUUAUUUAAUUGUUUUCCCAUUAUUUAUUUUUUAUUAUUAUUCUGAUGUCUUUCAUUGUACUAACAAAAGUAUACUUUUUUUCUUUCUUUCAAUCAUUCGUUAUUUUUCUUUCUUUCAAUCAUUCGUUAUUUUUCUUUCUUUCAAUCAUUCGUUAUUUUUCUUUCUUUCAAUCAUUCGUUAUUUUUCUUUCUUUCAAUCAUUCGUUAUUUUUCUUUCUUUCAAUGUUGUCUUACAUUCUUCCUUUUUUCUUUUUAUCUUUUUUUCAUUAGUUUAUUUUUCAUUCUUUGCUCUUCUUUUCUGUUUUUCAUUUUUUUCUUUCUCUAUAUUUUCCCUCAUUUCUUUUAUUUUUUCUUUAAAUGUUUUCUUUUUAUUUAUCCUUUUUCUGUAUUUUCUUUCUUUAUAUAUCUUUUUAUCACUCAUUUAUUGGGUCGUUCGUCUUUUCAUUCAGUUUUUUUUAUUUACGUUUUAUUUAUUUUUCUGUAUUUUUCUUUACUCCUUCCCUUAUAUAUUUAACGCUUCAUAUAAACUGCCUCACUCGAUAUUUCUUUCUCUCUCUUUCUCUCUCUCUUUCUUUCUCUCUCUCUCUCUCAUUCAUCCACAUGAUUCGACUGAACGAAUCAGAUAUGAUUUUAAUGGCAUAAUCGCAUUUUUAUAUCUCCACUACUUUUCUUUAAUCGUUCUUUCUUUCUCCAAGCCCCUUCUUCUGUCUGUCACUCUCUCCCUCUUUCUACCUCCCCGUUUUCUUUUUUCUAUACGACUCUCCUUUUUCAACAUCUCUCUCUUUCUUUCUGCCCCUCUCCAUCUAUUUACAUAUCUCUCCAUUUUCAUGUAUGACUCUCCUUUUUCAACACGUCUCUCUUCUUUCUGUCACUCUCUCCCUCUUUCUACCUCCCCGUUUCCUAUUUCUAUACGACUCUCCUUUUUCAACAUCUCUCUGUUUUUUUCUGCCCCUCUCCAUCUAUUUACAUAUCUCUCCAUUUUCUGUAUGACUCUCGCUUUCCAACCCGUCUCUCUUCUGUCUGCCUCUCUCUCCCUCUUACUACCUCCCCGUUUCCUUUUUUCUAUACGACUCUCCUUUUUCAACAUCUCUCUCUUUCUUUCUGCCCCUCUCCAUCUAUUUACAUAUCUCUCCAUUUUCAUGUACUACUCUCCUUUUUCAACACGUCUCUCUACUUUCUGUCACUCUCUCCCUCUUUCUACCUCCCCGUUUCCUUUUUCUAUACCACUCUCCUUUUUCAACAUCUCUCUCUUUCUUUCUGCCCCUCUCCAUCUAUUUACAUACAUCUCCAUUUUCAUGUAUGACUUUCCCUUUUCAACACGUCUCUCUUCAUUCUGUGACUCACUCCCUAUUUCUACUUCCCCGUUUCCUUUUUCUAUACGACUCUCCUUUUUCAACCUCUCCAUCUAUUUACAUAUCUCUCCAUUUUCUGUAUGA